GACCAACAAUGUAAAAGUGAGAAAUGUAAUACGAGAAAAAUAGAAUUCUAAAAUGGCGAAUGUCAACUGAUCAUAUUUUUUCCUAGUCUCCAUGUAAAAGGUGCGAAUUUUUCUGCCACAAUCGAAGGCUUUCGUAGAAGACGAUGAAAGUGCUUAACGUAACGUAGAUGUAGCGAACAUAAAGUGAUAUUUUAAUUUAUUUUUGUGUUUUUUCUUUAUAAUUCAAGACAAUGGCAUUUGUGAUUAGUUCCUACUAGAGUGCUAUUCAUAUUUCAUUUCCAAUAAAUAUGAAUACUUCUGGUGUCACAGCAGAUAAUAUAUACGAUUUCACAUCAGAAGAGAAUCGUUCGAAAUGGAAAGGCCUCUUGACGGCUGCACUGAAAAAAGUUUUGGAACAGGUGCACCCUUCACUAGGAGCACGUCAAGAAGCUUUAGAAUAUGUUGAAAGCCUGUGUUUGCGAUUGCUUGCAAUGCUUUGUGCAAAACCAAGUCCUCAUACAGUGCAGGAUGUUGAAUAUAGGGUACAAAGUACUUUUCCUACACCUAUUGAUAAAUGGGCUCUGAAAGAGGCCCAAGAAGCUCUGGAAAGAGGAAAAAAGAAGUCAGUAUUGCAACUGCCAGUGGAUAGAAUUCAUAAUCUAUUACAAAAAGAACUUCUCCUUUACAAAGUCGAUUCUACUGUGUCCCUGUUUCUCGUAGCAGUUCUAGAAUACAUAUCCGCUGAUAUUUUGAAAUUAGUAGGAAAUUAUGCGAAGAACAUCAAACAUGUGGAAAUCACCUACCAAGAUGUGCAGAUUUCCAUGAAAGUGGAUAAGGCACUUAUGGAUAUGUUUUACCAAGAUGAAGGAGGAGGGGCUGGAUGUCAGAAUGAGCCUCCUGUUAUCGUGCCUACUGCACCUAGAAGGAGUUUAACUUACGAAGAAAUAGUCAGAGAACUAAUUGCUUCUGAAAAAGCAUAUCUGAAGGAGCUUCAUAUGUUGAUAAAAGUAUUUAGGGAAGAAAUCAUCAAGUUGAAACCAGAACCUCAGGAUAUAGAAAAGAUUUUUUCCAAUAUAAUGGAUAUUUACGAACUGACAUAUACUUUGUCAGGAAGUUUAGAAGAUGUUAUUGAAAUGGCACAAGAUCAGAUGCCUUACAUUGGCAGUUGCUUUGAAGAACUUGCCGAAGCAGCGGAAUUUGACGUUUACAUAAAAUACUGUAGGGAUAUAACAUCGCCAUGCUGCCGGGAAACGCUAAACAAUUUACUCUCCCGUCCUGAGGUUCAGAGUGCCUUGAACACUGCUGGACAAGGAAUGCCUUUAGCGGUCCGUUAUUAUUUGCCAGCUCUUCUUAUGGGUCCGAUUUGGCACUGCUUUUCCUACCUGAGUUAUAUCAAAUUACUCACAGAUUUGUCACCAUCUUCAGAAGAUAGAGAGACAUUAACCCAAGUUGAAGGACUACUGAAACCCCUUCAGAUAGCACUCGGAAAUUGUGUUCCAACUCAAAACCUUCUGAGAAGUUCCGCCCCUUUACCCCAGGUGAGGGAGAGGCUCCAAGCUGCUAUUAUCAAAAUCCAUGAGUUAGAGAAGAUUGUAGAGAAUUGGGAUUCUAAAGAUUUGGGACAGUGUUGCAAUGAAUUUGUUAGGGAAGAUGUUUUAGUUAAAGUAAGCUCUAAUAAAAGACUGACGGAAAGACGAGUAUUUCUCUUUGACGGUUUGAUGAUACUCUGCAAACCAAAUAAUAGAAGGCAGAGCUCAGUUCAUCAUCAAAAUCAUCCAGAAUGCAGACUAAAAGAAAGAUUUUUCAUUAGGAAAGUGGAAAUAAUUGACCACCCUGAUUCGGAGGAGCUAAAAAAUGCAUUUGAAAUAUCUCCAAGACAGAUGCCUUCCGUUAUACUCUGCGCCAAAUGCCCCGAAGAAAAGAAUUCGUGGAUGGCUGAUUUAGUAAUGUUGAAUAAUAGAUCCAUGUUGGAGAGAGUUCUGGACAGCAUCUUGUCGGACAUAGAGAGAAAGCAUCCUCUCAAACUACCUCCUCCUGAACUAUACAAGUUUGCUGAACCAGAUUCCGAAGAAAAUAUAAUUUUAGAGCAGAGGGAAAACGGUGGAGUUCCUUUGAUAAAGGGUGCUACUAUAUAUAAACUUGUUGAAAGACUGACGUACCACAUUUAUGCUGAUCCUAAGUUUGUACGAACCUUCUUGACAACCUAUCGAAGUUUUUGUUCACCUACUGAACUUUUGGAUUUACUGAUUCAACGUUUUAAAAUACCUGAUCCUUCGCUGGUUUAUGAACAAGACUGUUGUGAUACAGAUAAGAUGCAGAAGAAUAAUCAAAGGGAAGACUGGAAAAAGUAUAGGAAGGAGUAUUGUCAGCCAGUUCAGUUUAGGGUGUUGAAUGUUUUGCGCCAUUGGGUGGAUCAUCAUUUCUAUGAUUUCGAAAGAGAUGCAUCACUUCUAGUUAAUCUACAAAACUUUUUGGACUCUGUAAAUGGCAAGAGCAUGAAGAAAUGGGUUGACAGUGUUAUAAAAAUAGUACAAAGGAAGGUAAACACCAGAAGAAAAUAUUUAGUUUUGCAUAGUAAAAUGAAUGCUUUUCAGAUGGAGAAUGAUAACCAAAGGCACAUCAAGUUUGCAUUUGACGAACCACCCCCACCAAUUGAAAGGCAUAUAAUUUGCACAGAAGAGGAGUAUGGAAUUCUGACAUUACAUCCGGUAGAGAUAGCUAGACAACUUACUAUCCUUGAAUUUGAUCUUUUUAGAACCAUUAAACCUUCAGAACUAGUUGGAGCCGUGUGGACCAAGAAAAACAAAGACAUGACCAGCCCGAAUCUCUUGAAAAUCAUAAAACACACUACAAAUUUCACAAGGUGGUUGGAAAAGAACAUUGUUGAAGCGGAGAACUCUGACGAAAGGGUGGCGAUUCUGAAUAGGAUAAUAGAGAUAAUGAUAGCUUUAAAUGAUAUAAAUAAUUUCAAUGGAGUUCUGGCAAUUGUAUCGGCUACUAACUCUGCUUCAGUUUACAGACUGAAAUUCACCUUUGGUGCUUUGAAUCAGCAGAUUCGCAAGACUUUAGAAGAAUUUAGAUCAGAUGAUCAUUUCAAAAAAUAUCAAGAAAAAUUGCGUUCGAUAAAUCCACCCUGUGUUCCUUUUUUGGGCAUGUAUUUGACAAAUAUUUUACACAUUGAGGAGGGCAACCCGGAUUUCCUUCCCAAUACACAGCUUAUCAACUUUUUCAAACGUAGGAAAGUUGCUGAAAUCACCGGAGAAAUACAGCAAUAUCAAAAUCAGCCUUAUUGUUUUAGCAAGGAACAGAGCAUUAUGAAUUUCCUCGAAAAUUUAAAUCCUUUUGGUGAUAUGAAUGACAACGAUAUUAGCAAUUAUUUGUGGAAAAAAUCUCACGAAAUUGAGCCGAAAGGAUGCAAGAUCGUACCUAGGUUUCCCAGGAAGUGGCCAAAUUUGAGUUUGAAGAGUCCUGGAAUCAAGACUAUCAAAACAGGAAAGAAUAUACCUAGUACCAUUGCUAAUACAGUAAAUCAAGCAUAUAAUACAACAUUGAAGAGUGAUGAAUCAAAAAGUGAAAGUUCGUCCAAAUCAGACAAUGAUUUCAGUGUUUUUGCAUCGGUUCAAUUGGGAACAGGCCAAAAUAGUCCAACGCUGAGUCCUGUUUCCCCUGCAGGAUCUAAUCCCAUUAUAAGCUGGUUUAACCAUACUAGAAGUCCGAGUGUCAGUUCUAUAAUGUCCACCACAUAUCGACCACCUAGAGCUGACUCCAUAGCUGCGGCACCACAACAUUUGCCGCAGAGAUACAGUCACAACAGUCAAAGUUCAACAGGUGGACCAAAUAGUCCUGGCCCUCAUAGUCCAGCUUCGCCGGGACCACACAUACCUUGUGAACCGAUCAGCCCCCGCCUUCCACCAACUCCACCUCCUCCACCGCCUCCUCUGCCUCCAAGGAGAAGAAGGGACAGUCCGGAAAUCAGUUCGCCACAGCAAAUGAAACAGGCUCCUGAUGCUCCUAUCUUACCACCUAGAGACAAUUCUUUACCCUCGAACUCUAACCACAAUUCUUUGCGAGACUGUUCUCCUCCACCGUUACCGCCUAGAAGAGAACCCGGUCCCUCGCCUGGUUCACAUGGUUCGCACCCGCACUCUCACCACUCGUUCGCCAAUACUCUGCCAGUCAUGGGACAUGGCACGCUUCCUAGAUUGAACCCUACUCAUACAUCACAACUACAUAUGAGAAGACAUGCCACACUUCAUCCCCAUCCUCCACAUCACCCGACUCAACCCAAUGGGGGUACCAGUAUUUCAUCAACUUCAUCACAACCGCCUAGUGUCUCGCCGAGAAUUAUUAAAGAUUCUGGCUCAGGUCAAGGGACGCCCCAGCUGCCUCCCAGACCUGCAGUGAGAUCAGCAGGUAUUACUUACGGCACCAUGUUCCAAUACCCGAACACAACCACGACAUAAAGAUAGAAAUAGAUAUUUUCAUGAUAUAUUUUUAAAAUUGAAUUUAAAACUGCAAAGGUUAUGCUUAUCUGGCCGUUUUGUGAUUGGUCAUUGAUGGUGGAAAUUCGAACUGAGAGCAAAAUUUGGCUACAGUAUUAACGCAAAAACUAUAUUAUCUAUUGCUAGAAGUUUUUUUUAUUGGCCUCUACUAGUCACUACUAGGAAUACUGGUAUUUAAAAUAUCUCUGGUAGACAUACUGACAUUUAUAAUGUAAGCUAAAAUGAGUAUGAAUACAGGGUUUGUCAAUGAGUUUUUCCAAAUCCGAUAUUUUCAAAAUUGUACACAUUGUAUUCUCCUGUUGAUUCACAAAUAUGAUUCAUUCAUACUUUCAAACAAUUAUGAAAAGUUGAUAAUGUAUGUUCAAGUACAAGUACAAGUUAUACUCCUGUAUAAAACAAGAAGUGUAUUCAUAAAAUAUGGGAGAUAGCAGGUUUCAUCUUAUUUUAUCACAUUUAUUGAAUUCUAGAAAAAUAUCACAAUUUUUGAAAUUUCAACUGGGAAAAAGUGAACAUUUUUA